CCUCAGACUGUUGAGUGCCUCCUAUUUAAUCUCCGCGCGAAGACGUGCGAGAGAAACCGCCGCGAAACGAGGCAAUGGCGUCGGGGUCUUCCAGUUCCAACGACGCCGCCGCCGACCUCACCGUCCUCGUCGACGACUUCUACUUCUCCGUCCUCUCCCACGGCCGCAACGACGACGACGACUCCGCCGAUGGAGACGACGGCGAGCUCUUCCCGAUAUCCGACGAGAAGUACGCCUCCGAGCUGCAGCUCCAGGAGGUGAUCAUGUCGUCCUCCGUGGCGGCCACCACGGCGCGCUCCUCGUCGGCGCCGGUUAUCUUCAUAGGUGAGUGCUCCUCCUCCCACGCCGCGUCGUCGUCGUCUCGGUUGACCUCGAUCCCCGCCGCCGCCGCGACGACGCUCGUCUUCUGCAAGAUCUGCAUGGACGCCGUGCCGCCGUCCGCCGCGCACCGCGCGAGCCGCGGGUGCGACCACGCCUUCUGCGCGGCGUGCCUCGCGGGCUACGUCGGCGCCAAGAUCCAGGAGAGGAUCGCCGACGUCCGGUGCCCCGAGGAGCGGUGCCGCGGCGCGCUCGACCCGGAGCUCUGCCAGGGGAUCCUCCCGCGGGAGGUGUUCGACCGGUGGGGCGCGGCGCUGUGCGAGGCCAUGGUGCUCGCCGCCCCGAGGGCGUACUGCCCGUUCAAGGACUGCUCGGCGAUGAUGCUGGACGACGCCGGCGAGGCCGUCACCGAGUCGGAGUGCCCGAGCUGCCGGCGCCUCUUCUGCGCGCAGUGCGCCGUGCCGUGGCACGCCGGCGUCGACUGCGCGGCGUACAAGAAGCUCGGCAAGGGGGACAGGGGCAAGGAGGACCUGCUGGUGGUGGAGAUGGCCAAGGGGAAGAAGUGGAAGAGGUGCCCCAAGUGCAAGUACUUCGUGGAGAAGUCCCAAGGUUGCCUGCACAUCACCUGCAGGUGUGGCUUCGAGUUCUGCUAUGGAUGUGGAGGGCAGUGGGGCGUUACUCAUGCGAGUUGCAGCACUGCAUGAGAAUUCCAGUUUAAUUUUGGCUGGGCUGAUCUGAUUGAAUUUUUCUGUGUUCUCAGUGAGACCCUAGUAGCAUCAAUUAUCAUAUUUAGGAGACCGAUGGUCAUCAGUAGCAUGAAUUAUAUGUCAUUCUCUCACCGAAUUAAGUUUCGGUUAUCAAAAGUAUGAACUUGGAGCUAAUUUCUAAAUCUAAAUUCGCUACACAUGGCACACAGCUACCGCGAUAAUAUUCGCUUGAAUACCACAUUCAAAUUAUUUGCAAUCUAUAUAUUGUCUGUUAAACGUUCGACCUUGCUUCAUUUGACCAUUUUAGAUCUGUGAGUGAUUAAAAGUGCUUCCAAUGUGUAUACACUCGGGUGUUCAAUAAUUCUUCUGGUAAAUGAUGUACCCGUUAACAUAAGUUAGUCCAAUCUUCCGGAGAUGUGUAUAGGGGUAGUGUGUGCGUUUAUAGCGAUGGGUAUAUGCGUGUUAUAAUCGUCUGCGUUUGUAACGUGUUUCCUAAAAAAAUAUGUACUAGCUGGCUAGCUGCCAUUCUGGCCCGUUCUAGCCUCCUUGUUUUGUUAA